ACCAAGAGAAAUCCCGCACUCCUGAUGGGUCGAUCAUGAGUGUCAGCUCUUCGAAUGCGGACAAGCCGAGCGACAGCACCAGCCAUCUGACCGACUGCGAUCGGAUCCCCGAAAGAAUGCCGGUGACAUGCUCGGCCACUGAUGUCUCGGACUCGAUUGCAGGACCGAGUACGGAGCCUGAAGAAACCUCGAAGCCGAUUUCUGACCCAAUCCCGGCGACAGAUGCGGAUCCUCAUGCGGAAGCAACUCCCGAGGGUGUACUGGUGAACCUGCGAGACGAGAAUCAAUUGGAUUCCGACGAUGAUACGGAUGAAAGGCCAAAUCAUGUACUCGAGCAGUCUCGAGUCUCAGAUCCCGAUAAAAUAAUCGAGCUGGAGCUCGCCGCUCGACCGAGGGCUUCCUCCCUCGACCCCGACGGCGAUCUCGGAUUCUGUUCGACCCGAGAUUCGAGCUCCGAUUCCGGCCGGGAGAAGAUCGCGGAAACAUCCAACGAUGGCUCAUCUCCAUCGAUCACAAAUGUGACUCAACCGUGCGAGGAGCGAGAUCAAUCUUUGAGCUUCAUUGGUGACGAUAGUUUAGGAAUGACCUCCGACGGGGAGCUGCCGGAAAUCGUGGCUAGGACUCCGACACAGAUGUCAGCAUCGGGCUCCGAACUAGACGCCGUCCUGAAAGGGAGCCCUGACUCGUCAAUUUCGCUAGAGGAACCCCUCCUAGAGAGCAGAGGCCACGGCGAUUUCUCCCUCGCAGCCGACAGCGGCAUAUCGCAUCAGACCACCAAGUAUCGCAGCGGGCGGGAGUCUAACCACUCCAACGGAUCGAUCGAUGGCUUCUGCUCACCUGUUCUGAGCGAAGCCAAUACUCUGACGAACGCUCAGAUGUGUCCACAACUCUACGAGAUCGACGAACUGGCGCGAUCGCUGGAAAAGCGAUGGUCGCUGAACGAUAUGAUGGCCGAACUUGUUAUUGAAGACGUUCCAUUACGCAAUGUUCCGAAGUCCGGCUCGAAACCAGAGGACAUCAGAGAGUUUCGUAUUCCACCACCGAUGGAGCACGUCGAGGCUGUUGUGAGUUACGCCUCGGAAAAGAGCCUUUACGUUCAACUUUUGCUGGACGAAAAAGACAUUUUGGCGCUCGAUGGAGCGAUACAGAGCGGCGGGAGCUCGCCUCCUCUCAAGUUUUUUGAAGUUCAGCCCGGAGAUUUCGUGCUGUGCCAAUACGAAGUCGACGACCGAUUCUACCGUGCUCGACUUCUGAGAGCGAGAGGUGACGACAAAUUCGAAGUUCGCUUCGUAGAUUAUGGGAACAGAUGCGUUGCUUCGGUGAAGAACAUGAGGAGACUCCCGGAGAAUUUACGCGAUCUCGGUCGUUCCGCAAUCAAAUGCGACUUCUCUCAGAAUCUGCGAGCGAAUGCCGCGGCCCUCAAGCAGACCUUGCAGGAAAUUUCUGAAGAAAGCUAUUUCCUCGUCUGCUUCGACAAGAAGUACCGGGACCGGGAUCCUAGAAGCCCAAUCUUUACUAUAAUCGACGCUCAGCGCGUGGAUGGUUCACCACUGUUGCAAAUCCCGACUCAAAAGAGUCUCGGUCCGGUAGAUUCCAAGUUGUUGGUUCGAAACUUGGAAUUGAAAGCCCAUGGAUUGGCAAGCGUCGAUCUGAUGGAAGAUCUUGACCACAUGUCGACAGUCGUUGAUCGAAUCAAUGACCUACCGCCUCUGCCUUGCGGCAAGAUAAACGCGAGGGUAGGUUCUCUGGUCGUCUACGAAGGACAACGUGCGGAAAUAAUCUGGGUUAUGCCCGGUGAGCUGGUCUCUCUCGAACUAAUCGACGACCCGCGGAAGAAGCUGGAGAAUAUACGUUUAGAAAAUUGUCGCGCCUUGCCUUUAGCAGCCAUCGAUAUUCCACCAGCCGCUCCACGGAUGGUUCGUGUUGAAAAGCUCGAGAGUGUCGAGAAGCUCCGAGGACUUUGUCCGCUGGAAUCGGGAAUCGAGAUGAUCGUCGUGGGAGCAGGUGUUCCGCCAGUGGUGAAGUUCCCCUGCGUCGAGUGACUUGAAUCUCAAUAUACUCCCGGAAAGGAUUCUUCGUCGGGGAAUACCCAUAACUUAUUCUAAGACGUUCUACUAUUGCGCGCAAAUGAAUAGUACUUAUUGUGGAAUAAAUUGAGUUGUAA